UACGGUCAGACAGAGAGACAGAGAGACAGACAGACAGACAGUCAGACAGACAGUCAGACAGACAGUCAGACAGACAUCACGGACUCCGCUGACGGUACCGAGCCGCUCUAUUAGAUCCAUUAACAGAUCACCGCCGGUAUGAACACGGAGGAGACCAACGUGGAUCUGAAGGAUGCUGAGACCAAAGAUGCGGAUCCGACGGAGGCGCCAGGUCCAGAUGCGGUCGCCGCAGAUGCCGAUGCGACGGAGGCCGAUGUGAGCGAGGCGGAUCUGGACCAGGAGGAGCAGGAGAAGCAGCCGAUGACCGGAGGAGGAGGAGGAGACCGGGCCGAGGACGCUCCGUCUGCCGGAGGAGAGGAGGCGGAGCCGGCAGACGGAGCGGUGAUGGAGAAGAACGGAACCGUGAAGCUGAAGAUUCAGGACGAGGAGGAGGAGGAGGUGAAAUUCACCGGACUGAACAAAGAGGAGCUGCUGAGGGUGGCCGGGACUCCGGGCUGGGUGAGGACGCGCUGGGUGUUGCUUGUGGUGUUCUGGUUCGGCUGGUUGGGGAUGUUGGGUGGAGCCGUCCUCAUCGUCCUCCAGGCUCCCCGCUGCAGAGACCUCCCGUCCUCCAGCUGGUGGAACGACGGCCCGCUGUACCAGAUCGGAGACAUCGGGGCCUUCAGCGCCCUGAAAGACCUGAAGGGAGUGGAGCAGAAGGUGGGCAGUCUGUCUCAAAUGAAGAUCCGAGGUCUGGUGGUCGGUCCGGUCCACGUAGCUCCAGCAGACGACGUCAUGAGUCUGAGGUUUGAGGAGGUCUCCUCUGAGUCUGGAACCCUGGACCAGUUCAAAGACCUGGUCCAGGCAGCUCAUAAGAAGGGUAUUUCUGUGGUUCUGGAUCUGACUCCAAACUACCAGGGUUCAUCUGGACCCUGGUUCUCCAACGUCAGUGUGACCAACGUAGCUGAGAGGCUGAAGUCUGCUCUGGUCUUCUGGAUGAAACAAGGCGUGGACGGCGUGCAGAUGUCGGGGGUGGAGCGAGUGGCCUCCAUGGUGCCGUCUCUGUGGACAGACAUCAGAGCCAUCGUCCACAACGGGACGGAGGACAGUCCCAACAAGAGAGUCCUGAUCGGCGUCACAGAGCGUUCCUCGGCUGAAGACGUGUCCGCCCUCCUCAACUCCACCGGCGUGGACCUGCUGGUCUCCAGGGUCCUCCUCGGCCCCGGCAGCGCGGGCGCCGCGGACGCCACUGAGCUCGCUCAGUCUGUCCAGCUCUUGUACUCGUCCCACAACCAGCUCAAGCUGACCUGGAGCCUGGGGGGGCGGGACCAGGGUCACCUGGCCUCGCUGGUGGUACCGGCUCUGGUCAAACUGCACCAGCUGCUGCUGCUCACGCUGCCGGGGACGCCCGUCUUCAACUACGGAGACGAGAUCGGCCUGAUGGACGAGGGCACCAAGUUUCCCAGAAUGCUUUGGGACACUGAUGAGGAGCUGAACGGGACUUUGAAGGAGGAGCAGGCGGAGCGUCGGUCCUGUCUCCGGUUCUUCAGUGCUCUGAGUGAGCUCCGUGGUAAAGAGCGCUCCCUAUUGUUCGGAGACUUCCUGCUCCUCUCUAACUCCUCCUCCUCACUGGUGUACCUGCGCGUCUGGGAUCAGAGCGAGCGCUAUCUGGCCACCUUCAACUGGGCGGAGGAGGCGGUGGCGCUGCAGCUGAGCAGCGCGGCGCUUCCUCGGCGUGCGAUGGUCGUCCUCAGCACCGACGGCGCCGUCCUGCCGGCCGAUGGUGGCAACGUGGACCUCACGGAGCUGCGACUUGGCCCCAGACAGGCCGCGCUCCUCAGGUUUCCCUACGCUGGAUAGCCAUCAAAUAUAAAAAAAGAACGGAGCUUUAAACGCGUUUUGUCUCAUUUACUGUAAGUGAUGAAUAUUAAUCAUGUGACGUCUCUGAUUCUCUGAAAACAAAACAAAAAUACAAAGAAAAGAAUUUAAAA